AUGAGCUCUGUUGGUGUGUUUCGUAAGGUGGGAAUAGAUGAAAAACCAUGUUUCGUAUACACAUUAAGUCAAACAGACAAUCCAGCCUCCUCCGGUGAAGCACUAGCCAUAGAUUCUGGUGGCGACGACCUCCCACUUCAACCUCUCUUUUUCUGCCCUGCUGCGCGUCUUGAAUUUAUUAAGUUCAAACUUAAGGAGGACGAGGACGACGAUGACAGUGCCGAUGAAGACGAUGACGAUGAGGAUGAAGAAGAAGAUGACGAUGAUGAAGAAGAUGGUGAUGACGAUAGUGAGUAUGGUGAUGAUGACGAUGAUGAAGAUGAAGAUGAUGAUGACAGCGACGAUCAUAAAAAUCGUUCUUUAUACGAGCUAAUGGAGGACGACAAUCAUGGUGACGAGAUUCAUCCAUUCGAUUCUUCCCCUCGCUUCCCGAGCACAAGAAUUCAUGACCAGCAACACAAAUCUUUGCUUGAUUGCGACCACCGUGACAUUUGUAAGCUCCCUGUAGUCCCUCUCUAUUGGUGCAACAGUAAAGAACCUAAUAUCAACGAGUUCGAGUGCGGUGCAUGCGGAGAUUCAAUGGCCAGCGCAAGCUACUAUGCAUGUCUUGAAUGUAAAAGAAAAUUUCAUAAAGAAUGUGUAGAGUCUCCACUCGAGAUUAGACACCCUUCACACCCUUUUCAUCCUCUUAAACUUUACAACCAUCCAAACCUUGCCACUUGCUUUUGUUGUGACACAAGUGUCAUGUUCGUGGGUUAUCAUUGCACCACAUGCGAUUUGAGCAUGCACCCGAUCUGUGCGAUGAGGACUGUGCCCAUCGUUAUAGACCAUCCAAAAAGCCAUCCCCAUCCUCUCACUUUUUUCCCUAGACAAGCUUUUUUGCCUUGCAAUGUUUGUGGCCUCAUAAAAAACCGUAACCCCACCUACAUAUGUAUCCAAUGUGUCUUCAUAGUCCACAGCGAAUGCAUUGGUUUCCCACAUGUCAUCAGAAUAUCUCGUCACCACCACCGUGUCUCUUUCACCUCCUCUCUUCCGACUGGAGAUUGGUCUUGCGGAGUCUGUCGCAAACACGUUGACAACGAUUACGGUGCAUACUCUUGCAAUGCAUGUGAUGCUUAUUUUGUUCAUUCAAAAUGUGCAUUAAAUCGAGAUGUGUGGGAUGGCAAAGAACUUGACGGAGUACCGGAGGAAGAUGAUAUAAUAGACGAUGGUGAGCCGUUUGAGAGGAUAGCUGAUGGAAUAAUACUCCAUAUUUCUCAUAGCCACCAACUACGGCUUGAGAUGAUCAAAGUAUAUGACGAAGAUAAGUUUUGUCGUGCGUGUGCUAUUCCAAUCUACGAAGGCAAAUUCUAUUCUUGCAUGGAGUGCGACUUCAUCCUCCAUGAAUCUUGUGCAAAUUCUCCGCGAAUGAAACGACAUCCCUUACAUCCACAUCCACUUACACUAAAUAUGGCAUCAGGGAGAUCUGGUUUUUUCCGUUGUGACGUUUGUGAGCGUCAGGGUCUUGGCUUUGUCUAUGAGCAUCAUAGACAUGGAAGAAAUAGCUUCAGACUAGACCUACGGUGUGCUUCAGUUACCGAACCAUUUGAAUAUGAAGGCCACAAACAUCCUUUAUUCCUAGCUCUGGACCCGAGCGAAAAGGCACGGUGUCAGCUGUGCAAAUACAAUAGCGAUGGUUCAAAACUGAACUGCAUCGAAUGCGAUUAUAUCAUAUGUUUUAAUUGUGCUACCUUACCGUACAAGGCAGGGUAUAAGCAUGACAGCCAUUUACUCACGAUUUGUGAUGGCCAAGAGGCAAGUGAUCAGCAAGACUGGUGUGAGGCUUGCGAGAGAAAAAUACUAGUACAAGAAGAAGAAGAAGAAGAUCCAGAAGCGUGUUGGCCAUGGUCGCGUAAAAGAAGAGACGUUGAGUUUUCCUACAAAUGCAAUGACUGUUGCACGGCCCUUCAUGUUAAAUGUUUACUUGGGAAAGACGUUUACAUGAAUCCUGGUAAAACCAUAAAAGAGUGGAUUUCUCUUCCUGGGUACUCGCGUAUCAAGCGUUUGAUAUGGGUGGAAUAUCAGAUUCUUCCAAACACUUCUCUCUCCAGACCAAUCUGCAGUGGAUGCUUGUGCCGCUGUCCAUUCCCAAUAUUCUACAAAAGGUACAAAUCAAUAUUUUGUUCGUCGGAUUGUAUCCCAGAACCCAGCGAGAGUUAUUCUUCAUCUCUUUUCCUUUAA